AUGACAAAGCGUAUUCUUGGUUUUUCUUACAUAAUGGAUAGACGAUUCUCCCUCUUUCUCUCUCGUAAAUCCGUGAGAGCCUUGACGCCAGAACAAAGGCUUUCGAGAGUUUUACCCUAUCUUCCUUGCGAGAUUGAAGGCUGUAAAUGUGCUUCCUGGAAAUCGGACGACACUGACAGCUAUGAUAUUAAGAAUUUUCAAUGUAGAAAUUGUCGUCACCAGCAUUUUGAUCUGUCUUCUUGUUAUUUUGAUGAUUGGAUGUCAUUCAAAGCGGUUAAUUUAGUAGAAGAUCUUGAAUCAUUAUACAGCAUGUGUUUUGCCGAAAAAGAUAUCGACACUAGGCAGCUUUACUUUUGCUUAUUUAAAAAAGUAAACAAGGCUCUUUUUAUCAAAGGCAAGCCGCAAGUUGAGGAUAGUCCGCCAUUUGAGAGGCCCUGUAUCAACACAGCCAUUAGAAAUGUCCUCCUCCACAAAUUCUGUCAAAAUCCAAAGCAUACAAAAUUUUAUCUUGAAAUCGGAAGAUUGAUCAUUGCUUUUAUUAAUAUAUGGAAACUAGAGUACCCCAAAAAUAGCAAGAAAAGGUAUGAGAAUGAAACUGGAUACAAGCUCAUAUAUAUGAGGUCUGUUAAUUUUGUUAUUAACUAG